GUCACUAACUCUGACCUCUUCUUCCAGUUGCAACCUGCCUACAGGUGGAUCCCAGUACAGGACCUGCAGCAUCCUUAACUCUGCACUCCUGCACUUAGACCGCAAUGGCAGGUCGAGGUGGAGCUGCCCGACCGAAUGGACCAGCUGCUGGGAACAAAAUCUGCCAGUUUAAACUUGUUCUGCUGGGCGAGUCGGCGGUGGGGAAGUCCAGCCUGGUGCUGCGCUUUGUGAAGGGGCAGUUCCACGAGUACCAGGAGAGCACAAUUGGAGCUGCCUUCCUAACACAGACAGUGUGUCUGGAUGACACAACAGUGAAGUUUGAGAUCUGGGACACGGCGGGGCAGGAGCGAUACCACAGCCUGGCCCCCAUGUACUACCGAGGGGCUCAGGCAGCCAUCGUGGUCUAUGACAUCACCAACACAGACACAUUUGUACGAGCCAAGAACUGGGUGAAAGAGUUGCAGAGGCAGGCUAGCCCCAAUAUUGUAAUUGCACUAGCAGGAAACAAGGCAGACCUUGCUAACAAGAGAGCUGUGGACUUCCAGGAUGCACAAACAUAUGCAGAUGACAACAGCUUGCUGUUCAUGGAGACGUCAGCGAAGACAGCGAUGAAUGUGAAUGAAAUCUUCAUGGCAAUAGCCAAGAAACUGCCAAAAAAUGAACCCCAGAGUGCUCCUGGUGGCCCAGGCAGGAAUCGGGUGGUGGACCUUCAGGAGAGCAGCCAGCCCAGCAGAAGCCAGUGCUGCAGCAACUGAGCAGCUGCUGCGGCAUGCGAGCCCUUGGAGGACGUGACUGGAACCCACGCUAACGAUCGCACUUACCGUAGGGCAGCUGCUGCCGACGCUGCCGUGAUUCUCCAUCCCUUUCUGAUCAUAGGCUGGAGGGAGUUCUUCCACCUGCACCUUUCUGUACAAAUACUAAUUCAAUUCUAAGUCUUAAGUCACUUUUUUAAUAUAUGAACUUCUGCUCUUCCCUCUUCCUGGUGGUGGUGGAUGCAGGACCUGGUGUCUGCCCAGCCAGCGUGGCCGUCCCGUGGGUGAGGCCAGCAGCACCCAGGUCCCACAGCACUGUAGUUCACUAUGGGAAACAAAGGGAUAUUGGGACACGUGUUUAAAGUUCCCUGUCUGUAAGAGCUGAGGCUGAUCCCGUUCGAUGUGCCCAGAACAACCACUAAACUGUAGCAUUAGAGACAAACUCCGGCUCUUGGGCCACUUAUUGACCAAAUCAAUGAUGAGUAUUUGGGGUGGGGCAGAGGGAAGCAAAACUGGUUUCUUCUGUAUUUUGUAUUGUAUGUUUCUCCAUGUAACCAAUCAGUAUCUUGUCAAUAUAGUACAUCCAACGA